UUCAAAACAAAUAGCAGCCCACAGCCUUGCUCCUGGUCCAGCCAAUUGCAUGGUGACUCCCAUCCGGCUGUUCUGAUUGGCUGGUGACCACACACACAUACACACACGCACACAGAGCGGUGGCAGCUGCAAGAGACAGAAGGAGAGAGAGAGUGCCUAAGGAAAGACGGAGAAGCACAACUUGUUGGUGUGGAUCUUGCGCGUGAGAUGGAUUUUCAGAAUAAGGAUUGACUGACCAGGUCCGGUGCCACUUUGGUGAUGUCCAGCUUAUAGUGAGGAUACCACUGGCUGCAAUAACGUCCAGCCGAACCAUCAGCAUGCAGAACCUCCGGCACGCUGCCACCGAAGCCUUCCAGCGCCUGGGUCUGAAGCAGAGACAUCUGGGCUAUCAGGAGCUGGGUGAGUUGGAUGGCGUUGAAACCCCUCAGCCGCACUGGUUCCACACCCUGCAGGUGCGCAGGCUGCGGGUGCAGAGAGGACGCAGCAACAGCGACCCGCUGGGGGGCAAAAGCUUCCAGCAGGAGUUCCAGUGGAACACAGGGCUGCAGUUUGGAACAGCCACUUCUUACCUGAACCUGGAGAAACUAGGAGAGGGCACCUACGCCACUGUGUACAAAGGAAUAAGCAGGAUAAAUGGCCACUUGGUGGCACUAAAAGUGAUCCGUAUGAAGACUGAAGAGGGCGUUCCAUUCACUGCUAUCAGAGAGGCCUCUCUGUUGAAAGGCCUGAAGCAUGCUAAUAUUGUUCUGCUCCAUGAUAUCAUCCACACACGCGAGUCUCUUACCUUCGUCUUUGAGUAUGUGCAAACAGACUUGGCCCAGUAUAUGAUACAGCACCCAGGAGGACUGCACUCGUACAAUGUUCGAAUCUUUAUGUUCCAGCUGUUGCGAGGUCUAUCAUAUAUCCACAGUAGGAGGAUCCUGCAUCGGGACCUAAAGCCUCAGAACCUGCUCAUCAGCUACUUGGGAGAGCUCAAACUGGCUGACUUUGGUCUGGCCCGGUCCAAGUCUAUCCCAUGCCAAACAUAUUCAGCAGAAGUUGUGACGUUGUGGUACAGACCACCUGAUGUUUUGCUGGGUUCCACAGACUAUUCAACAGCACUGGACAUCUGGGGUGCUGGCUGCAUUUUCAUUGAGAUGCUACAGGGGGCGCCAGCGUUCCCUGGUGUGGCUGAUGUCUUUGAGCAGUUGCUGAAGAUUUGGACAGUUCUGGGGGUGCCCACAGAAGAAAGCUGGCCGGGUGUGAGUGAGCUGCCCAACUAUAAACCAGAAUGGUUCCUGCCCUGCAAAGCCCAGCAAUUCAGAGAUGUCUGGAAAAGAUUCGCUCAGUUGCCCUAUAAGACGGAAGACUUGGCUCAGCAGAUGUUGAUGAUGGUCCCCAAAGACAGGAUCUCGGCCCAGGAUGCACUGCAGCACCCCUACUUCAACACCCUCCCGCCCCCAGUGAUGCAGCUGCGGGACACUGUAUCAAUUUUUAAGGUGCCUGGUGUUAGGUUGGAGACGGAAGCGAGGGACAUCUUCAGUCCCAGCAGGCGAAUGAAAUCCUCCCUCGUUCCCCUGGGCAAGUGCUGGUGAGAGGCUUCCGCUGCCCCACUUCGACCACACGCAACUUUGUAGGACAGAAAAAAAAACAAGCGAUACUUUAUACAGCAUGGCAGUCUGUUGAAUUUACGUGUUGUAUUAUCAUGGAGCCCCAUUACCAGGAACCAUGACCGUUACUCUUUAAAGGAAAUGUCCAGUCUGUUUUUUGUUUCCAAACUGCGUGUGGUCAGGUUUUUGAUGGCCUGUGGAUGGAUGAGUCAGGGUAGAGAAGGGGGCAAAGUUGGAGGGAUGUCAUUACAACUUGUGUCGUUAAAAUCCACCAAUGACUUCAUGCAAACUGCACUUAUUGAUUUCUAUACUUUUGAUACAGUAUUUAUCCCACUGAGUUCUUAUGAAUGUUCAUCUGGAAGUCCUGCACUGAAAAAGUGAUGCAUUGAGUUUACAAGUGUGUACAUCAUUUCCACAUCAAUAAAGAUGUCAACACAGUUUUGUCUUCAAGAUUACUUUUGGUAAUAAUUGAGAUGAUUUUUUAAGAAUGUGAAAAUAAUGCACACAUUUGGAUGAAGUCAGUUCAGUGCUUUACUUAUUUUCAGUGUAUGAGCACGACAGAUGAGAGAGUAUGAGAGAGAGAGAAAGAUAAAGAAACGUCUUUCACAUAUGUAGGAAUGUUACGGCAAGUUGUCGGGUCAUGGAUAUGUGAGCAAGAGCUGGAGUCAUUCCCAGAUACUUCCACUGAGAGAGAGAGAGGGAGAGAGAGAGAUGGAGAGAGGGAGAAGUUCUUCCAGUCUCUAGUUAGUAGUAAGUUUAGGUGGCUGGACUUGUGGACCUACUCCAUGUUCAGUUGUCUUGAUGAUUCAGUGACCUGGAUGACCUUCAAAGUUCUUCCUUUAUUCUUCCCAGUUUUUUCAGGAGAUGUGCCAAUUUUUUAUAUGUCUUCAAACCCUCCUCACAUCUGCACUGCAAAAAAUGGAAUCUUGUCAAGUAAAAUGAUCUUAAAUCUAAUAUUUCUCCAUUUGAGAUUAUUGAAAGCUUAUUGCAAGAUUAUUUAACUUAUUUCCGAACAUUUUUACUUAUUUUAAGUGAUUUUAUUAAGUGAAGUUAUAUCACAUAUUGGCAGAUAAUUUUGCUUGUAUUAAGAAAUCCAGCAAACUUACCUGCCAGUAUAGUGAGAUAAUUUUUCUUACAUAAAAUGACUUAAAAUGUAAAGAAACAAGUUAGAUAAUCUUACAUAACCAUCUCAAAAUAAGAAAUAUUACAUAGAUCAAGUAGUAUUGAGAUAAUUUGACUUGACAAGAGGCUGUUUUCUGCAGUGUGAUGAGUACCUCAGUUGAUGUGUUGCUGUAGUACUUUGCACACCGUUCGGCCUGUAUGCUGAAACACUGAGUGAAUCCUAUAAUCGUACCACAACACAGUGUUUUUACAAGCGCUUAUGCCAAGAACAACUCUGUAUGUUGAAGAGAGUGUUGGUUACACUGGAAAGGAUUUUCACAAUAUAAAAUACAGAUUUUUAAAGCAGUAUAUAAAUUUAAGAAAAUAAUGUUGCUAAAACAGACCUUUCAAGUCGUGCUGUCAUUUUGUGUUCAGUAGUGAUGCACUGAAAUGAAAAUUCUUGACUGAAAAAAAAUGAAAUUCAGGACACACAUGGCCAAAAAUGAAAAGCAAAAGAAAGCACUGGUAUGUUGGGGAAGAGAAGGCUAAUUUUAAACAGCUUGGUAAAUAAUUUUGUAGCGUUCACCACUUUUAAAAGAGACACAGCUUUUGCACAAGUCAUGUGGCUUUGUUUUCCAGCUGUUGUAGGCCACAGCUACGCCGUACAUUAGCAGAGUUUUCUUUUUUCUAACAGCUCAUUCGCUACACAGCUCAUGACCCCUCGUCUUCCUCAGUCUUUGUUUAUGCACCCACAGGAGUGGCUCCAAGCCCUGCCCUCUACAAUAAGAGUCCUUAGCCAAAUGAACCCAGUGAAUACAUGCUGAAGAACGCACAACCUAAAACUAGCAUGUACACAUUUCUUGAACAUGCUACAAAAUUAAGUGUUAAAAGUUGUAAAAUGAUUGAAAUAUAAUACUUCAUGGUUUCCCAAAGGCAUCUAAAGCUGAAUUCCAGAGCAACUCAUGGACAUGGCUUUGGAAUUCCUGUUUAGCAGAGUGAAGUUUCUCCAGCAGGGGGCGCUGCAGGCAUUCAAGUCGCGAGUGUGCGAACCUCAUCCAGAUCUAACACACAUUUGUGCUUGCAGUAACAAAACUUUCAGAAAGGUCUUUUACGAAAACAUAUUGAGAGUUAUUUAUGUGAUUUCUGUUAAAGAACUUAAAUCAGUUAUUGCUAAAGCAUGUAAAUUAACGGACACAUUAACGGGUACAGAGAACGCAGCUGCAGGGGACUGUGGUUGUGUUUUACUUUGUAUCAACAGCUCAAAUUGUUUGAAUGAUUUAAUCAUUAUUUCUCAUUGUUAUUAUCAUUCAGAUUAUUUGUUAAGUGUUCGAUUUGGAUUUAAUUGUGGACCUAUUUCAUCUUUUCGGCUAAAAUGUUUGGCCUGUUUUUCUUUUUCAGUGGUCAAAGUUUCAGUGCAUCCCUAGUUUAAAGUAUCAUGCUCAUAUUAACAACUCCAGUUAUAUGCCUUUUUUGGCCUAUAUAAUGAAAAGUGUUCUUGAAAAUCGCAUUGCAUCCUGUGGUAAACAAAAAUGUUCCAAACUGGAUGUUUUGUCCUAUGUUCAUGUUUGCUUUGAAUAUCAAUGGAUCCUCUGAAUUACAAGGUCAUUAAGAACGAAUAUUGCAACAUGCAGGCUAACACUGCUGAACGUUGAGCUGACAUUGUAAGACCCACAACCUUACCAAAUUACCCCACACAAACCAGCAGGCUUUGUCAAAUGUGGUAGUUAAGUUGCUUUAGUAGUAGUGGCCUACAGUUUGAGUUGGGUAAACUAGUGUUUAAUAGUAAAGUUAAUUUCAUUCAAUGUCAUUUCAGUGCUAGCAGAGUUAGCCUGCUGGUAGCAUGGGUAUAGCAUUCGUAUUGCAACUCUUUAACAAUCUCGUAAUUCAGAGGAUCUAGUGGCCUUCGGAGAAAGUGUGCACACGGGCCAAAGCAUCGGCUUUGAAACAUUUUUGUUUACCACAGAACUGGUUUUUGAAAAUCCCAUUUAUUUUCCCCAUAGAGAGAAAAUGCUAAGACCCAGAGUUCCUAACAUGGGCAUGCCACCAACUACGAAAUGUUGCCUGACUUCACAGGACUAUAAAUUAACUUGAACCGCCAUGAAUUACCCUCAUGUUAAUUAGCGCUUACUUUCUGAUGGAAACAUAUCAUCCUUUUCAUCAGCAGUAAACAGAUGUUUGAGGGUAUUCAGUUCAAGCUGGAAUCUCCAGUAGAAGCAGAAGUUAAUGAGAGCAGAAGGUGAUUAUCAUCUGCACACAUAGCUGGCUUGAAUCAUCAGGAUGAUUUCAUAUCCUUCCAGGUGUAUAACGCAUGAGCUGAACUCACAGCUGGUGUGUGCGUGUCUGUCCACAUAUGUUGGAAAAUCUGUUGUUUGUCUGAAUAUAAAUAAAUAUCUAAAUUGGCCA